AUGCCGCUGUGGAUUUGCGACUGGGAACUCUGCCGAUAUCCAGCGGUACAACGAGAUGGCGAUUGUUUGUUAUGUCGCAAACACUUAUGUCGCACCCACCUUCGAGAGCCAUGGCAUGCUUGCCCACGCGCAGAGGAAAAUUGGGAGGCUUACUCCCUUCAGUACGCAGCAGCAGAAGCUCAUGACCUAGAUCAGCUGCGUCGGAAGAUAAAUGUCUCGAAGCUAUGUUCCCGCGCGUCGAUGAUUAGAAACGGCAUCCCUUGCGUGGUAGACCUGUCUACCAAGCAGCUGGCUUCUAUGAUGGGCAACCAGAAUUGCCACGCCGAGAUAGCCUUCGAAGAUGGCGUCGUAUGGAUCGCCCGUUUUCGUAUCACCAAAGCGACGUCACCACCUCAGGAAGUUCGUGACUUCAUCAUUCGAAGCGAAGCCGCAACGAUGAGCUAUCUUUGUCAAAACACUCGCCUACCGGUACCCCGGAUUUACGAUUGGUCCGACGAAUCCAAUCCAGAAAACAAUAUUGGAGUCAGCUAUAUCCUCAUGGAAAAACUUGACGGACGGCCUCUGGAUUGGAGGGCAGCAACUCCGACCCAGAGGGAGAAGAUUAUGCAGCAAGUUGCAGACAUCUAUAUCGAAAUCGAAAGACACCCCUUUGGAUCUAUGGGCUCACUUGUUACAUCGUCACGGAAUCCUCACCACCUAGAGGUACAAGGCCUUGCGCAACACACAACAUACCAAUCGGAAACCGGCCACGCUCUCGGUCCUUUCUCUUCUCCUGUAGACGGUUCUGCCGCCAUCAUUGAGACGUAUCUUACUAUGAUAGCUAGCGGUGAACUUAUUGCCUCUCGCCCGAUAGACGCCUAUCUUACGCAUCGUUUCCGCUUAGAUGUUAUCGACCGACUUUGGACAGGCUCUACAGCAGAGAAACGAUUUUUCUUGAAGCACCCGGAUGACAAAGGCGACCACAUCCUCGUCAAUGAUGACUUCGAUAUUGUCGGAAUUAUAGACUGGGAAUGGACAAGGACGGUCUCUAGUAUGGAGGCCUUUUGCUCCCCGUCGAUGAUGUGGCCGAUUUCGAAGUUUUACGCCGGGUCUAACGAGUUGGCUCAGGACGAGCUAAGGCUCGCUGAAGUCUUCCGCGAAAAAGGUCGGGAAGAUCUAUCAGAACAUAUUCUCACGGGCAGGAAGGUCCAACGAUUCUUUUUCGCUAUGGGACCUGAAAGUCCUUCAGAUGUGUCCAAUUUUACGUCCCUUUUCGCAGGACUCGCUGGAGCCUUUGACUAUGAGCACGAAGAGUGGGAGCGGUGGAAAAACGAAGCCCUCAACAGAUGGAAAGACGACAACCAACUGCGAAAUCUGGUACAACAAGAUGGCGAGAAGGAAGGUUGA